AUGGAGAAGUUCGGGAUGAACUUCGGGGGCGGCCCCAGCCGCAAGGAGCUGCUGGAGACCAUCGAGACGCAGAAGCAGCAGCUCCUGCGCUUCCAGGCGCGGCUCAAGGACGUGGUCCGCGCCUACAAGAGCCUCCUGAAGGARAAGGAAGCGCUGGAAGCCAGCCUGAAAGUGCUCUCCGUGUCCCACGAUGGUGACCUGGCGGUGUCACCGCCCGGGGCYGGGGACUGCCCGGACGACCGGAGCUCGGAGCACAGCGAGGACAGCGUGGGGACGGCCACCAGCACGGACACGGUGGCCAGCCUGACCAGCGUGACCAGCGCCAAGGGGGAUGUGGCACCCGAGGAGGACAAACCUGCAGCUCCCCCCUUUCAGAAAGCAGAGGACACGGGCGGCUCUGACAGCGGCGAUGUCUGCGGCGGCGGCGAGGCCGACCGGCGGCUCGUGCAGCUGAAGGGCCAGCUAGCCACGCUGACCGGCGCGCUGGCCACCGUCACGCAGGAGAAAUCCCGCAUGGAAGCCUCGUACCAGGCGGAGCGGCGGCAGAUGAAGCAGGAGCUGGAGGAGGCRGCGGGGCGCGCGCGGGACGAGGCGGAGCGGCAGGACGCCGAGCUGCGGCGGCUGCAGGAGCAGCUGGCCGAGACCAGAGCCCGCCUCAUCACGCAGCAGCACGAGCGCGAGCGCGAGCAGGGCGACCACGGGCUGAUGCUGCGCGAGCUGCAGGAGCUGCUGCGCUCCGAGCGCGAGGCGCGCCGCSACGCCGAGAGAGAGCUGCAGGAAUCCCGGGAGGCGCUGGCCGGCAGCGAGCGAGCCCAGGGCUACCAGCAGCACGUCAGGCARCUGAGCCAGGAGCUGGAGGAGCUGCGCAGGGAGCUGCGGGGAGUGCGUGAGGAGAACGGCAGGCCCGACCCGCGCAUCCAGGAGCUGCAGGAGGAGAUGGCCGGCCUCAAGAACCACUUCCAGYUGCAGCUGGUGCAGGAGAUGAAGAAGACAGCGCAGGCCGAGGAGCAGCUCAUGCAGCGCUCUCAGCGUGAGGAGCAGCGCGUGGCCGAGCUGGAGGCCCAGGUGGCCCAGGUGUCUGAGCUGCUGGGCACCUACGAGAAAGCCAAGCAGAGGGACCAGGGCACCAUCCAGAAGCUCAAGGAGCGCAUCGUGCAGCUGGACCUGGAGAACAAGACCUUGGCCAUCGCCGCCUCCAGCCGCUCCCUGGGCGAGGCCGCCGUGGAGGAGGCCACCCUGGACGUGACCGUGCUCAAGGAGAAAAUGGAGAAGCUGAGGAAGCUGCUGCAGGUGGCGGCCGGGAAGGGGACGGAGGUGGAGGAGCCACGGGAGCCACGGGAGCCGCGGGAGCCAGAGCCACCCCCGGGCACCGGGGACGGGAACGGGGACAAACAGGAGCUGAGGCAGCUCAAGGAGGAGUUCGAGCGCUACAAGGUGAGGGCGCAGCAGGUGCUCAAGAGCAAAGCCACCAAGGAUGUGGGGCUGGCCAAGGAGCUGGAGGAGGCGCGGGAGCAGCUGGCCGAGCUCCGCGACAAGCACGUGCUGCUCCAGCUGGCCUCGGACGACACGGAGAAGCGGCACCGGCAGGAGCUGGAGGCCAAAAAGCAGGAGCUGUCCCAGCUGCAGCAGCUCCACCGGCAGGAGCUGGAGCGGUGCCAAAUGGAGUUCCGKGAGCGGGCGCUGCGGCUCGAGGAGGAGAUGCACAAGCAGCGGGACCGGGCGCUGGCCGUGCUGGCCGAGAAGGACCGGGAGCUGGAGCAGCUCCGCGCCCUCACGCUGCCCCACAGACCCCAGAGCUCACCAGGAGACGUUCCCAGCCAGGAUUCCUCGGAGAUCCUCCCGCAGGCGCUGCAGCUGGGCUCCGGCUCCGAGCCCACCUUCUUCCUGUACGCGGAGCAGCUGGCGCGCAAGGAGGUGGAGAUCGCGGCGCUGCGCAAGCACAAACACCAGCUGGAGAUGCAGCUCCACCAGCUCCAGGGCCGCCUCCUGGCCGAGGAGGACAAGCACCGCGACGAGGCGGCGGCGCUGCGGGAUGAGAUCCAGAAGAACUGCCGGGAUAAGAGCAGGGAAGGGGCCAACCUGGAGUACCUGAAGAACGUGGUGUUCCGCUUCCUGACGCUGCCCGACGCGCGGGGCCGGCAGCAGACGCUCACGGCCAUCAUGGCCAUCCUGCACUUCAGCCCCGAGGAGAAGCUGAGCAUCGCCAAAAGUUGGGCCCACAGCUCCUGGUGGCUCCACGGGAAGAGAUGAGGGCUGGGGUUUGUUGCCUUUUCCGUCAGGACUCRCUCCCGAGGACCAAAACCUCAGCCACACCCAGGGCUCUCCAUGAUUUGAGCUCCCAUUGGUGUUUUCAGCAUAAUUCACAGUGGGUUUGUGCCAACUUUUCCAGCCCCAAAGCCUUUGAUGUGGGAAUUUGCUCCAAGUUGGGACUUGAUCUGAAAACUGUGGAAAUUGAAGAUGCUGAGGUUUUUUAAAGGCAAUUUAAAAAUAAUCCCUACCUGUCAGGCGUGGGAUCGAGUGGAAUUCACGUGGAUCUUCCAACUCCAGCCCGGCUGGUGACUCAGGAGAUGCAGGGGAAGGUGGGAAGCACUUUAGGCGGAGCUAAAAUAGCACCAGCCGUAGAAGGCUCAGGGAAUUGUGGCUCAAUUUGGGWAAUUUGGGCAUUUUCUCCCCAGGUUCUUUUCCAGAGCCACGUUUAACCAGUGGAUGCAGCUCUGGGCUCAUCCAGGGGCUCAGGCUCUCCUUCCUUCCCAGGGAUCCUCUCUGGGGUUUUCAGGGAUUCCAGGAGGGAGAAAGGAUCUCCCCGUGGCUGAUUCCCACCCUGGGGCGCUGCCGAGUGGGAAUCUGACCCUGGCUGGGAGCAGAAAGCAGAGGACAGGCUGAAAUGAGUGCCCUGCUCCCGGUUUUUGGGGCUUCCAGGGGAGUUUGGCUGUUCUGUGGUGCUGAUUUGGGAAGGAGGGGGCUGUGAGGGACAGGAGGUGACAGCUCCGGGCAGUGACCCUGGUGACAGUGACAGCCUGGCCAGGGCUCAGGAACCUUGAUAUUUUUCCCUGAUUUCUUGGGAAUUGGUGCAAGAAGGAGGCCAGGACAUCCUGCACUGCCCUGGGAUGUUUUGCUGGCGGGGACCCUGAGGCACAGCAGCCACUGGGCAUGGGCAGGGACAAGGACAGGGACAAGAACAGGGACAAGGACAGGGACCUGCAAUGUCUCUCCAUUCCUUCUGGGCUGUCCUGGUCCUGUCUGCAGCCAAAUUCCCUGGAUUCCACUCUGUCCUGGUGCCAAUUCCUCCUCAAAAAAAUCCUCAGGGAAAACACCGAGUCCUUCCAGGGCUCCAUGCAGGGAUGGUCCCAGUGGGACAGCGGGAUCCGGGUGCUGCCCUGRUGGAGGGAUUUGGAUGGGAAUGGGAGGGUUUGUCCUGGGAAUGUCUGAAACUGCUCGAGGAUUAAAGUUGGC